AUGGGUCAGUAAAACUCAUUAUUUGACGGUAGGCUUAACGUGGCAAAACUUUUAUAUGGAAAUGAUGCUUGGAGCGGUAUUCCUGUUAUAUCUCGCGACAUGGUACAAUGGACGUGCGACGAAUCUGCGUUUGGCUCAGCAAUGGUUGUUCGCCCACCGAGAAUACCUUGAAGAGCAGUUUGCUCUUGUCGGAGACCGAGUAGGAAACGAACACACCCUUUUGAAACGCGAUGGUCCCGCCGAUUUCUUAUUGUACACUUCUGGUCGUCGUAAUGUUCAAUUUGCCCACUGGUGGAUCAAGUUGAAGUCUCGCAAUGAUGUAAUCAAUUACUUUGUUGAAGAAUUACUGGCUUUCUUUGGUGCGGUUCAAAAGCCAGUCGAUAAAGUGUCUGUGACGCUUCGUUUGGAUGGAGGCACCGAGAAGUUUGUGUUUGCCAUCUUGGAUAAGAGCAUUGUGAAGGAAACGCGCGAACAGCGAUACGAUCUGAAAUCGGUGACAAAAAUCUCUGAUGCUUCCGGCUUGCCGAGCAAUCUCGUUGUAUAUUCCGAAUCUCAGAAAUUGACGGACACUAUUCUCAAAUCGCCCAUUGGCCAACUGUUGAAGAAAUCCAAGGGAUUAGAAUCCUUGAUUAUUUCCAGUUUGCCAACUUUUGCUCCUCAAAAAUUUGAGGGUGACAAGGAUUUGGUUGCCACGUUGACUUUCAGCCUGAAAGCCGAACAGGAUCCCCUUGUUGAACUUUCAUGUGAAUUGCCCGACAUGCUUCAAGACCUUCGUUUCGGUGUCGAGAUCAAGAACAAAUUGCGCAAGAAUCGUGAAGAGAUUGAAAAGGAGUAUUCAAAGAUUUUGGCCGAAGAACGUGCAGAAGAAUUGGCUCGCAAGAAAGCCGAAGCCAAGCGAGCGGAAGAAGAACGAAUCCGCAAACUGCCUGCGGCUGAACAGCGUAAAUGGGAAGAGAAACAAAACGCAAAGGAAAUGCGCAAACAGCAAAAGAAGCGUACCAAGCGAGCAUAAAUAAUAAAAACAAACUGGAUCAACACAUAGUGAGUUUUAUGUCUUUGGAAUCGUGCUCUUUUUUUUUUGGGAAGGGAAGAAGUUGUUCGUGGUGAGAUGACUGGCAAAGGUUUGGUUAUUAUUUUUUUGGGGUCUUUUAGAAAGGACAAUUAAGAAGAGGAUUUCGUUUGCCAUGCGGGUUUAUCGGAUUCGGCUACUUCGCGUAAAUGUUCCAUAAGGGCUUGAUUCUUUUGGGCAUUACUGGCUUUAAUGUCGUCGGCUUCUCGUUGAAGUUUGGGAUUCAAGCGCUAAAAAAAAAGAAAAGAAUGUAAGUUCACCUUGCCAACCGGAAACCCCCCAAUAAGAACAAC